AUGGUUGGAGAAUCUAGAGAGGAUGCUUCUCUAAAUAUUGGUCAUCCGAGUAGAUUAAUAUGUAAGUCUUUUGACUAUACUUUCGCUGGUAAUGCUGUUCAACUCAUUGUUCCUAAUAAAGGUGUUUCUGUAUCAAAACUCAUGAAUGGUAGUGAAGAAGUGUGGACCGCUGAGGAGGAAGAAGCGUUUGACCAUGCGGAGAUAUACCUUAAUAGGGAUGGCAGAGCAGAACUUGCAGUUUUAAUAUUAAGAACAUCUUCUGGCCUAUCACGAAGAGAUUACGCAAGGGAUGAAAAUGGAUGGGCGGUCUGUGAUAAUAGUGAAGACAAGAUGCUAAGCUUAGUGGUUAUUACUCAGUGUAUCUCAAACUUUGAACUCGACCUCUCUGCUUCUAGUGAUACUAAAGAAUGCACUAUUUUCCAGGUAGAGUUACUGGGAGUCACUACCAAGCACUUUUACCCUAAACCUGGCCAUGUCUCAUCAAGGUUAAUGAUGGUACAAUAA